UGGUGUCACUUAAACCAAACUAGACUCUUAAGUGUAGAGUGUGGUACGAUAUAGAAAGAUAAUAUAUCACAUGGCUAUCAAACUCAUGCAUGCAGUUCAGUACGAUUCCUAUGAUGGAGGUUCUUCUGGACUUAAGCAUGUUGAAGUUCAUAUUCCAACUCCAAAGGCCAAUGAAGUUUUAAUCAAAGUGGAAGCAAGUAGCAUUAAUCCAGUUGAUUGGAAGAUUCAAGAUGGUCUUCUUCGCUAUUUAUUGCCUCGAAAAUUUCCCUUCACUCCUUGCACCGAUGUAGCAGGAGAGGUAGUAGAUUUUGGAUCACAAGUUAAAGAUUUCAAAGUUGGAGACAAAGUUAUUGCUAAACUCAACAAUCAAGAUGGGGGUGGACUAGCUGAGUUUGCGGUGGCUAGCGAGAGCUUAACAACUUUGAGACCAUCUGAAGUCUCAGCUGCUGAAGGUGCCGGUUUACCUGUAGCCGGUCUCGCGGCUCAUGAUGCCAUCACAAAAAUGGCAGGAAUUAAACUUGAUCGUACUGGUGAACCCAAAAACAUUCUGGUAACCGCUGCUUCAGGUGGCGUAGGUGUAUAUGCAGUUCAACUUGCCAAACUAGGAAACAACCAUGUCACAGCCACUUGUGGUGCUAGAAAUAUUGAGCUUAUCAAGAGCUUAGGCGCCGAUGAGGUUCUCGACUACAAGACUCCAGAGGGAGCAUCACUGAAGAGUCCAUCUGGUAGGAAAUAUGAUGCAGUAAUACAUUGUACUGCUGGAAUACCAUGGUCAACUUUUGAACCAAAUUUGACAGAAAAUGGAAUUGUUGUAGAUUUAACACCUGGACCAAGUUCAUUGAUGAAAUAUGCGUUGAAGAAACUUACCUUUUCAAAGAAGUUGUGGGUACCUUUUAUUGUAACUAUCAAACGUGAGGGCUUAGAACAUCUAGCUGAAUUAGUGAAAGAUGGAAAACUUAAGACAAUAAUUGACUCCAAGUUUCCUUUGGGCAAAGCUGAAUAUGCUUGGUCUAAGAUCAUUGAUGGCCAUGCUACUGGAAAAAUCAUUGUGGAGCCAAGUAGGGUUUUGUUUUGAAUUGUGUUUGGGUUGUAUGCUUUAUGUUUUGGAUGUUGCUUGUUGUAUUCAUGUGUAGUUAAGUUGUUACACUCACGAGUUAACUCUUAAA